CCCAGCCUGGACGCAGCCCUGCAGCCUCCCUUUCACUGUGCUGCCCCCACGGCAGGAACAAUAUCCUUUCUAUUUGAAGUUGACUCCGCUGCCCUUUGGAGAUCGCAGCGUGUAAUGUGAAUCCAGAGGCGCAGGGGGACAGGCAGCCUUGCAGCCAACCUCCCGUCGUGGAGGCUGGCCGGAGGCGGCCGCUCCCGCUGCAUCUGCGUUCCAAGGCUGGGGGUCCGAGGCCCGUCUGUCUGAGCCGCUGCCCCGCCACCAGGAGGAGCUGCCAUGGCUACCCGGCUGGGCGCACUCGCUGCGUCGGGUCUGUACCGGCGGCGCCAGCACCGCCAGAGUCCGCCGCCCUCCAUGCCCCGCAACAUGUCCAGUGCCUUGGCCAACGCAGUGUGCCAACGCUGCCAGGCGUGCUUCAGCCCCACUGAGCGGAUUGUCCACAGCAGCGGAGAGCUGUAUCACGAGCACUGCUUCGUGUGUGCCCAGUGCUUCCGGCCCUUCCCCGAGGGGCUCUUCUAUGAGUUUGAAGGCCGGAAGUACUGCGAACACGACUUCCAAAUGCUGUUUGCUCCAUGCUGUGGAUCUUGUGGUGAGUUCAUCGUCGGCCGUGUCAUCAAGGCCAUGAACAACAACUGGCACCCGGGUUGCUUCCGCUGUGAGCUGUGUGACGUGGAGCUGGCUGACCUGGGCUUCGUGAGGAACGCAGGCAGGCACCUGUGCCGGCCUUGCCACAACCGUGAGAAGGCCAAGGGCCUGGGCAAAUACAUCUGUCAACGGUGCCACCUGGUCAUCGAGGAGCAGCCCCUCAUGUUCAAGAGUGAUGCCUACCACCCAGACCACUUCAGCUGCACCCACUGCAGGAAGGAGCUGACUGCUGAGGCCCGUGAGCUGAAGGGGGACCUCUAUUGCCUGCCGUGCCAUGACAAGAUGGGGGUCCCCAUCUGUGGGGCAUGCCGCCGGCCCAUCGAGGGCCGUGUGGUCAACGCACUGGGCAAGCAGUGGCACGUGGAGCACUUUGUCUGCGCCAAGUGUGAGAAGCCGUUCCUGGGGCACCGGCACUAUGAGAAGAAGGGCCUGGCCUAUUGUGAGACCCACUACAACCAGCUCUUUGGGGACGUCUGCUACAGCUGCAGCCACGUGAUCGAGGGUGAUGUGGUGUCAGCCCUCAACAAGGCCUGGUGUGUGAACUGCUUCUCCUGCUCCACCUGCAACAGCAAGCUCACCCUGAAGAACAAGUUUGUGGAGUUUGAUAUGAAGCCCGUGUGUAAGAGAUGCUACGAGAAGUUCCCUCUGGAGCUGAAGAAGCGGCUGAAGAAGCUGUCGGAGCUGGCCGCCCGCAAGGUCAGCCCCAAGCCUGUGAGGCUCAACUCUGCCUGACGGCCUCCGGCCCUGUGCCCUUCUGUAUGCCACCGCGACUCCUCACAGAGUGUCCCUUCCUCUGUCCCCGCCUUCCUUUCAGUUCUUUUCCUCCCCUUCUCUCUAGUCCCUGCCCCUGUCUUCCCUCCUCUCCCCAGGCAGCUCUCCACUCCCCUGCCCUGGGUUCCUCCCCCUCCUUCUCUGUAGACACAGGGCAGAGCAGGGCUCAGGAGGUGCUGAGCCUGUGGCAGGCCUGUGCCCGCACGCUUUAGCCUGAGGUCCUCCACGGACAGGAGUGAAUUGGGCCUGGGGUCCCCUGGCCCGGGACCUGGGCCCCUGCCCCCACGCUGCCCCUCUCACCUGUCCCAUCCUCACAGGGGCCUGCUGGCUCACAUUCUUCCCUGGGGGUUUGCUCAGCCUCUGCCCGAGGGACCACACUGUGCACAAAUGUGGCCCCACACAGCCAGGCAGCUGCCCCAGCCCCAGCACCAGGACCACAUGGCAGGGGCCUCUGGGGAGCCACCCUCGCUCCCUCAGCUAAGUAGGAUUCCUGUGUCUGGACGGGCCAGCCCGUCCUGCCACCUCACCUCACGGAUCAGCAGGAGGGAGAAGAACCCUACUCCCCCGUCACUCAGGAGCUUCCGUUCUGAACUUCGGCCUUGGCUACUCCACCCCGGGCCUGGGCCACUGUGGUCCCCCAAGCUCCUCUCUGGUCACCAUAGUCCCUCCAGCUGCACCCCCUCAGGGGUCUGGCUGGCUGGGGACCAGGAGAUCGUGGGGUCAGGUGGGAGGCUCAUUCCUACCCUCCGGGAGCACACUUCUUCUGUGGCAGCACGAGACUCACACUUGUACAGUGAAUGAAGGCGUCUUCACACA